AUGCUCAGCUUGGAUGGCCGAGCCCAGAGGACUUUGUCCACGUGCAGGGACACCUUGCAAGACCUCGACAAGAGGUUGCGCAAUGUGGAUCUGGAUGAGAAGCCCCCAAAGCCCGACAAGGACUCCCGUGCUGCGCACCGGCUGCAGAGCAGUGGCAAGUCAAAGGAGUUGACUGCCAUGUCGAAGGUUGCCAAGGACCUCUUCAAGCGCAUGGAAAAGAGCCCCAACAAAGACCAUAUCCUUUCAGAGUUGGAGCAGCUCGACAAAUUCUCGGAAGCGGCCUCAGGCCUGGCGAAGUUGUUGACUGCUGCUUUGCCAGAUGCCACAGACUCGGAGGCUUUGUGUUCGACUUUCGAAGCCAGCCAAGCAGCCAUGGCAGCAUCGAAGCAUUUCGAGAACAUUCAGCUCGGUCCCCACUUCACCCUGCGGUAUCUCAUGGCAAAGGCUACCCAGUCCUGCUUGUACAGCAAGUAUGCCGACUGUUGGUUGCAUUUCUGCAAAAGUAACGACCUUGUGAAAGAUUUGGCAGAGCAGCUGGACGCGGGGGAAUUGGAGGCUUUGAUGGUCAUGGAAGCCGAGAACAGAAUUGUGGCUUGUUUGCGGACGAUUCAAGCUCAGCAUCUUCUUGGUUUGAGUGGUUCGCGUUGUCCUGAGGAGGGGCCUCUGGCCGAGGCCAGGAAUCUGUGCUUAGCGAUGCUGGAAACGGCCUCUGGCCCUGAUUCGCUUGAAUUCCUUCCAGCCUCGCUGUGCCGGGCAGCCCAGCUUGCAGCCAACAUAUUGGGCCACGCCGAAGUCGAAAUGUCGAAGCUCAAGAAGGACGCAGAGCGUCUUGAUGCUCUGAGCACAAGCUUGGAGGAGGAGGAUGACAGCACCGAAGCAAGCGCUAUCGAGCGCUUCUUUUUGCAGCAUCCUACUGGCAAGACUUUGUGGGACUUGGCAAUAUCCAAGGUUGAGUCCGGCAAGAAGGAAGCCGAUGCUGAGGAGGCGCUUGAGAAGUUUGCCGCAGAAGUCACUCAGUUCAGGUUCAUGGCUGCGGGCCUCGGGCCGUCGGAACUGAUCAGCAAAGUUUUCGAACCGCUAAAGGUGGUAUGGCAAGAUGCAACCCAGAAGGCAAAAGCCCUCAAGACCAAGAAAGGCGCAUUGGUCAGCCGCAACGCAGAAAAGAUCAACAAUCGCUUGGACUCCGUCCUUGUCGACUUUCUGGCCCAUUUGAAAGAAGUGUCGGAAAAUUUGUUUUCCGCCAACUUGGUUGAGUGUUUGCGACUUGCCUGCAUUCGGACACUGAUCUUUGCAGGGAUGCGAGUUCCUUUUCAGUUGCUGCAGUGGUCGCUCAUGUGCGAGGCUUUGAGCCACGACGGCAAAGUCGGACUUUCCGAAGAGGCAGAGUCAGAGCCUUCGCUGAUCAACUUGGACGACAUUUGGCCAACUUUGAAGCAAACUCACUACGUGGACAGUGGCUUCUGGAAGAGUCUGCCACCUCAGGAGGUGAAGUGGCUGUCGGAGUACAAGACCUUUUCUGAGAUGCUGUGCCAGCUUGGUGACUUUGUGUUCCGCCGGCUUCCAGCCUUUGGUCAUCUGCCAACAAUGGAGCGGAGCCCCACAGUAGUGCGUGAAUGGGUGACAGUGUUGCCAGAGGGUCUCAAGCGUUGGUUGCAAGCCCGGAAAAAGCAAGAAGAAGCUCCCGACCCAACGUCAGAGUCAAAGCCAACGAUGUGCGAACAACAGUUCGAAGAGCUCUUCUUGACCCCAUGCCGCGAUCACUUGAAGGGUCUUUUUUCGUCCGGCUUAGGCAGCGUAUCACAGAUUGUGGCACAGUGCAAGAGUGGCAUGUUGGGUGGUGGCUUGGCCAAAGACAUGCAGGAACAGCUGCUGCAGCAGAUUCCAGCCGCUCAUCCACUCCGUUCCUUGGUUUGCUGCUUCCUGGAGGUCGCAGCGAUCCAGCGCGGCGACGCAGCCAAAGCUGAUGACUUGGCUUUGUGCAAAGGCCUCUUGGCCAUGGCCGAAGGGUUGGAAAAGGCACGGGCUGAGGCAUCCAAGCAUGUCGACAUCAAGGAGGCUUUGAAGGCAUCGGCUCUCGAUUCAGUAGACGAGUGGCUGCACAAACAGGGCGUGUGCCUCGGGAGCGCUUUGAAGCAGAAGUACAGCAGUCUUUGCAAGUCUUUGAGCGCCGAGUCGGAGAGCGUCCGUGCGAUCUGCGAGAAGCUGCCAUCCCUAACAGACGAAUCUGAGUAUCGUAGCAAAACCUUGCAAGUUACGCAAGCGCUGGCAACAGCGAGCCCAAAGUUGGAUUCGUCUUGUGACGGUGUGAAGGGCAUACUCAAGAUGGUCACAAUGCUCGACAAAGUGAAGUUUGGGUUUUUCACUCUCGACGUGCCGCUAAACGACGAUGAGGCCUCGGGCCUGGUUGCCACUGCUUCCUGCAUGUCGUCUGUUGCGGCCUUCCACGUUACCUUUGUUGCCGGGUUGUGUCUACUUCGCUCGGAAGACUUGGGGAAAUCAAGUCCUGCCGGCAAGCAAACACUGAAGAGCUUGUCCGAGCUGGUGCCUACCCUGCAGGCCAACCUGCAGAAACUUGCCGACGACACAAUCACUGCAGGAUUGAAGGCGCAGGGCAAGAACAUCCUGGAUGAGGUCAUUGCACUCACUGCAUCUUCGAAACCUGCAAAGAAGGACUCCACUGCCGCCGCCGAGAAGGCCUCUGAGAUUCCAGAUGAGGACAAGCAGCACAAGGACAAGGAUGAGAAGAAGCGCAAAACGAAGGAAGAGGACGCGAAGAUUGCCGGUGCUGAGGACUCCUCCAAGCAGAAAGACGGGAAGAAGAAGGACAAGGGUGACAAGGGCAAGCCGAAAUGUCAGGAGAAAGCGAUUGAAGCGAACAAGGAAGAGCCCGCGGCGAGUUCUUCGUCGAAGAAGCCCGGUCAGCAAAUCUCGAAGCUGCUGUCCAUAGCUUCGGAUGCCACCGACGUCACUGAGUACUUUGUGCUGGCCUACCACACUCGAAAACCGCCGAUUGAUGCGGCUUUUGCCAAGCUGGCAGUCCGUGAUGAUGUUCCGGGGGAUGGGGUUCACAUUUGCCUCAAGCUUGCAAAAACAGGCACUGGGGACUUGGUCCUGAUGUCAGACAAGGAUCUGGCUCACGCCUUGGCGCAGCAAGCCACCGACUGGGCGUUUUUCGUUCUGGCAGUGGGUCGGGUCAGGGAUCUCAGCGAGUUUGACAUUACAUCCUCUUAUUUUGUUGAUCCCGGUGAGGCAAAAGCAGCUCGUGAAACCGAGCGCCAGAAGGCAGCAGCCUUGGCUGCUCUUCGACAAAUGACAAACCCCAAGCCGAAGCCUGAUCCAAAGCAAGGGACUGGCAAAGCCAGCGGCAGUAGUGCAAAGAAAAGCAGCAAGGAUUCUGCAGCCACGGUCGACAAGGCAAAGCUGGAGAAGCUUGAAGCAGCGGCACUGGGCCUGGGUCACUCAUCCUCAUCAUCAGGAUCUGAGAAAGACCAAGCAGCUAUGGCCUUCGGCCUAGUGACAUCUCGCCAGGAGAAUGUGCAACCCAGCUUUUCCGGAGCAGCCAGCUCCGGUGCCUCUGGCAGCGUCCUUGCAUCUCGUCCGGCUGAAGCCGAAGCUGAAGCCAGAGAUGAGAAUGAGGUGGCGGCAGUCCCCCCACCGCCAGAUGCGCCAGCAGAGCGGAGACCUCGCACUAUGCAGCGCAGAAGUGUUGUUUGGGGCUCUUGCCCGGCGUUCCAGUUGGCGCCAGUGUAUCGGGCCGGCCAGCACAUGGGUUUCAGUGCUUUGUGCCACCGGCACACAGACCCUGGCGUGGACCUGAUCUGCAAAAAAGAAAUCUCGGCGGUGGGGGGGCUGCCGCAUGAUGUUUGCCGCUUGCGGCUGAAGCGGUGGCUGGUGGCUGGCUUGGAUGACGAGGACUGGCCGGAGAAGAAGCGAGAGUUUCACAUUAGCAUGGGCAAUAUACUCCUCCGGGAUUUUUCCCAGGGCAAGACGUCGGAGGAGUUGGCAAUGGCAAAGGCCAAAGGCCGAAGGCCUUGGGUCGAGUCCUUGCUUCCAGAGCGGAAAGUCAGACCUAGGAGAAUGUACGACCCGCUCGAUGAUGUUCCUUCGUGCAUCGCAGCUGCAAAUCCAGCGUGGCGGCAGUUUGUGAAAGGCCCUCACAACGAUGGGCUCGAGCGGCUUGAUCUUGAUCAUCCAUUCUUAGCACAGACACCGAGCAUCUUUGCACCGUUGGAGAUUGAGAUUGAUGAUGAUAAACAUGACAGUCAUGAUGAUGACGAUGAGGAUGAGCACAGCCGCGGCCCAUCAGAUGAUGGUUCAAAGGCAAGCAGGGCCGAGGCUGAAGACGAAGGCAGUCCAUCCCAGGCCCCUUGCUCGGGCACCGCCACUGACUCGGACGUUGAAGGCCCAGGGACAGAGAACACGGACUCAGACUCAGACGCAGCCUUGGGCCCAGACUCAGACUCGGAUGAUGCCCAGCACGAGCUGACCUUCAUCAAAUCGUCAGCAACAGUAACAGAAUCAAAAGGGCGGUUCUAUCCUGCUGAAGUCAAGAGUAGAGCGCCUCAGGCGGACGUGAUGCCGCUGCCAGCCUUCUUCCUGCAGCAGCCAUCAAACACGGGCUACGCAGUGGCCAAGGCUGAUGAGCUUGGUUGUGGCUCUGGUCAUGAUGCCGAUGCUUCAACGCCUCCGCUUUUAGCAGCUCCUGGGCCUUUGGCCGGGGCAGAGUUCAUCGCGUGCUUUCUCAGCUUCGCUGAUGUCCAGACACUUUGCGAUCGGCUGCCUGGAGACAGCCUCCGGCUUGGAGUUCAAGAAGCUGCUAAUGAUGGCAAUCUGGAGCAAAUUGAGAUUGCGCCGAAGGGAGCCACGGGCAGGCUUGUUGACGGCGAUGUGGCAACUCUAAAGGACUUGGGCUUCUACCUGCCCUCGCAGCCGGCAGAGUGGGCUCUGGGCGCAGGCCUUGGGCCGGGUUUCUGUGGUCUUUGGCCUCAGGCCAUGUCUCAGUCCGGUGAAGAGCCUGAGGAGGUUGAAGCUGAGGCUGCAGAAGCUGACGGAGAGACUGAAGAAGUUGAAGAGGUCCAGGACUCUGACUCCGAGCAGCAGCCAGCACCUCGUGCCCCGACUGUGGCGGAGAGCUCCGUCUAUGGCGGGACGGGCUACCGCAUCGUCUACUCGUGCUCGAAAGCCUCGGUGUGCUGCCUUUGUCAGGCCACGUCCACCGACCCUACGCCUCUUGAUGAUCCUGGAGCUGAUGGAGUCAUUCCAUGGGCGAAGUAUAGGAAGGUGCAGUUUGAGGGCGAAACAGUUCGUGUUCCUGAAGGGAAGAUCGACUUGAUUUGUCUGAACGUGUUCCGAGCUUUGGGCCUGAACCAGGAGCACAAAAACUACACGGCCUACUUUGACUGGGUUUCAAAGAAGGAAAAUCAGCCAAAGCACAAAGGUUUCCUUGCCAGCAGAAAAGAAUGGAUCAAGCAACAUAAUGAGAACCCAGACAAAGUGAAGCUGGCUUCGAAAGGCCAGGUGCAGCAGGCAGCCAAACUGCUCAAAGAGCACGCCAUCGGUGGGCGGUUGCUGGCUCCGAAGAAGCAGUUUGUGACAGAGGAGGGCUGGGAUCCGGAGCUUCAUGGUGGUCCCUGGGACCCUUCGAAAGUCGAGGAGCUCGAAGUGAUGGGGGAAGUUCAGAAAGGCAUUUGGGUGGCCGUCGGCAAGAAAGGCGUGUUCGAUUACGAAGAAUACGAUGAUCGAAGCAUGAAAGAACAACAUAUCGAGCACGACUCUGAACUCCAGGCCAUCUUUGGGAACGAGGCUUUAAGCCGAAAGCGCAAGGCAGGCGUUCGAGCCUUCCAGGCGGUGUCAGCAAAAAGGAACACUGCUGCUGUGGAGGGUCGGAAGCUGGAUCUUGCCAGCAUAGUGUUGCAGAUGAAAGAGCAAGGAAGUUUGCCAAGCACUGGCGAGGAGAAGGCGGCCUCAGGCUCUGGUUCUGAGUCAUCGUCCUCGCGCAACAGCUCUGGGCAGGACAGCUCCGACGAGAACUCGAGUGAGGACGAGAAUUUCAAAGCUCAGAGUUUUUUUGGGCACAGCUCGGCAGCUGUGAAGAAACCACCAAAGGCCAGUGCGAAAGCAACUUCCUCGAGUGCUGCAGCGCCUGGCUCCAAAGCCAAGGCGGCUAAGGCUAAGGCUAAGACCGCCCCAGCAGGCGGUGGCAGCAGCAAGGCUCCUGUGGGUUCAGGGCCAAAGGCAAAGGUGGCAAAGUUGAAGGGCCUCAAGGCUAAGUCUCCUCUCAAGAAAGGUUUCCUUGGGCAAAGUUCUGGCAACACGGGGAGGAAGUCGGCUCUCAAGCAAAAAAGCGAGACGAAGGCCCGAGACUCCAGCGACAACGGCCCAGAGAGCCAGAAGUUCACCGUCGCUGCGCCGUCUUUAGAGUCUAAAUCUAAAGACCAGCCCCGUGAGCAGAACAUGCUCAGCUUGGAUGGCCGAGCCCAGAGGACUUUGUCCACGUGCAGGGACACCUUGCAAGACCUCGACAAGAGGUUGCGCAAUGUGGAUCUGGAUGAGAAGCCCCCAAAGCCCGACAAGGACUCCCGUGCUGCGCACCGGCUGCAGAGCAGUGGCAAGUCAAAGGAGUUGACUGCCAUGUCGAAGGUUGCCAAGGACCUCUUCAAGCGCAUGGAAAAGAGCCCCAACAAAGACCAUAUCCUUUCAGAGUUGGAGCAGCUCGACAAAUUCUCGGAAGCGGCCUCAGGCCUGGCGAAGUUGUUGACUGCUGCUUUGCCAGAUGCCACAGACUCGGAGGCUUUGUGUUCGACUUUCGAAGCCAGCCAAGCAGCCAUGGCAGCAUCGAAGCAUUUCGAGAACAUUCAGCUCGGUCCCCACUUCACCCUGCGGUAUCUCAUGGCAAAGGCUACCCAGUCCUGCUUGUACAGCAAGUAUGCCGACUGUUGGUUGCAUUUCUGCAAAAGUAACGACCUUGUGAAAGAUUUGGCAGAGCAGCUGGACGCGGGGGAAUUGGAGGCUUUGAUGGUCAUGGAAGCCGAGAACAGAAUUGUGGCUUGUUUGCGGACGAUUCAAGCUCAGCAUCUUCUUGGUUUGAGUGGUUCGCGUUGUCCUGAGGAGGGGCCUCUGGCCGAGGCCAGGAAUCUGUGCUUAGCGAUGCUGGAAACGGCCUCUGGCCCUGAUUCGCUUGAAUUCCUUCCAGCCUCGCUGUGCCGGGCAGCCCAGCUUGCAGCCAACAUAUUGGGCCACGCCGAAGUCGAAAUGUCGAAGCUCAAGAAGGACGCAGAGCGUCUUGAUGCUCUGAGCACAAGCUUGGAGGAGGAGGAUGACAGCACCGAAGCAAGCGCUAUCGAGCGCUUCUUUUUGCAGCAUCCUACUGGCAAGACUUUGUGGGACUUGGCAAUAUCCAAGGUUGAGUCCGGCAAGAAGGAAGCCGAUGCUGAGGAGGCGCUUGAGAAGUUUGCCGCAGAAGUCACUCAGUUCAGGUUCAUGGCUGCGGGCCUCGGGCCGUCGGAACUGAUCAGCAAAGUUUUCGAACCGCUAAAGGUGGUAUGGCAAGAUGCAACCCAGAAGGCAAAAGCCCUCAAGACCAAGAAAGGCGCAUUGGUCAGCCGCAACGCAGAAAAGAUCAACAAUCGCUUGGACUCCGUCCUUGUCGACUUUCUGGCCCAUUUGAAAGAAGUGUCGGAAAAUUUGUUUUCCGCCAACUUGGUUGAGUGUUUGCGACUUGCCUGCAUUCGGACACUGAUCUUUGCAGGGAUGCGAGUUCCUUUUCAGUUGCUGCAGUGGUCGCUCAUGUGCGAGGCUUUGAGCCACGACGGCAAAGUCGGACUUUCCGAAGAGGCAGAGUCAGAGCCUUCGCUGAUCAACUUGGACGACAUUUGGCCAACUUUGAAGCAAACUCACUACGUGGACAGUGGCUUCUGGAAGAGUCUGCCACCUCAGGAGGUGAAGUGGCUGUCGGAGUACAAGACCUUUUCUGAGAUGCUGUGCCAGCUUGGUGACUUUGUGUUCCGCCGGCUUCCAGCCUUUGGUCAUCUGCCAACAAUGGAGCGGAGCCCCACAGUAGUGCGUGAAUGGGUGACAGUGUUGCCAGAGGGUCUCAAGCGUUGGUUGCAAUCAAAGCCAACGAUGUGCGAACAACAGUUCGAAGAGCUCUUCUUGACCCCAUGCCGCGAUCACUUGAAGGGUCUUUUUUCGUCCGGCUUAGGCAGCGUAUCACAGAUUGUGGCACAGUGCAAGAGUGGCAUGUUGGGUGGUGGCUUGGCCAAAGACAUGCAGGAACAGCUGCUGCAGCAGAUUCCAGCCGCUCAUCCACUCCGUUCCUUGGUUUGCUGCUUCCUGGAGGCGACCCUGGAUGUUUUCCGUUUUCCAAUUUUCCACUUUAUGUCCGUGAUUGAUUUCUCAGCAGACUUUCGCCCGCAGGUCGCAGCGAUCCAGCGCGGCGACGCAGCCAAAGCUGAUGACUUGGCUUUGUGCAAAGGCCUCUUGGCCAUGGCCGAAGGGUUGGAAAAGGCACGGGCUGAGGCAUCCAAGCAUGUCGACAUCAAGGAGGCUUUGAAGGCAUCGGCUCUCGAUUCAGUAGACGAGUGGCUGCACAAACAGGGCGUGUGCCUCGGGAGCGCUUUGAAGCAGAAGUACAGCAGUCUUUGCAAGUCUUUGAGCGCCGAGUCGGAGAGCGUCCGUGCGAUCUGCGAGAAGCUGCCAUCCCUAACAGACGAAUCUGAGUAUCGUAGCAAAACCUUGCAAGUUACGCAAGCGCUGGCAACAGCGAGCCCAAAGUUGGAUUCGUCUUGUGACGGUGUGAAGGGCAUACUCAAGAUGGUCACAAUGCUCGACAAAGUGAAGUUUGGGUUUUUCACUCUCGACGUGCCGCUAAACGACGAUGAGGCCUCGGGCCUGGUUGCCACUGCUUCCUGCAUGUCGUCUGUUGCGGCCUUCCACGUUACCUUUGUUGCCGGGUUGUGUCUACUUCGCUCGGAAGACUUGGGGAAAUCAAGUCCUGCCGGCAAGCAAACACUGAAGAGCUUGUCCGAGCUGGUGCCUACCCUGCAGGCCAACCUGCAGAAACUUGCCGACGACACAAUCACUGCAGGAUUGAAGGCGCAGGGCAAGAACAUCCUGGAUGAGGUCAUUGCACUCACUGCAUCUUCGAAACCUGCAAAGAAGGACUCCACUGCCGCCGCCGAGAAGGCCUCUGAGAUUCCAGAUGAGGCAGCGAGAAAACCCGAGAAGCCCCAGAAAGAGAAGAAAGAGAAGGAUAAGAAAGACUCCAAGAAAGAGAAAGACAAGGACAAGCAGCACAAGGACAAGGAUGAGAAGAAGCGCAAAACGAAGGCCGGCGGCAAACCCUAA